AUGGAGAGACUGGCCAGUUUGUCAGGUGAAGGUAAUGUUGUAGGAGCACUCCGCUGUGCACAAGAUUCAUUCUGCUCAACAAGUACGUGGAAGCAAGGGCCGGGCAUGAAAGAGUUAAGGGUAACAAUCGGAUAG